GCCUUGGCGGCGGCGGCGGCGAGGGAGGCGGCGGCGGCGGUGGCUGAGUGGCGGCGGCAGCGGCGGGGACCGGUGCGGGGAUGGCGGAGGUACCGCCUGGGCCUAGCAGCCUCCUCCCACCUCCAGCACCUCCGGCCCCGGCGGCGGCCGAGCCCCGCUGCCCCUUCCCGGCGGGGGCCGCGCUCGCCUGCUGCAGCGAGGACGAGGAAGACGACGAGGAGCCCGAAGGCGGCGGCGGCGGCGGCGGCGGCGGGAGCCCGGCGGGCGGCGAGGCGGCGGCGGCGGCGGCCAAGGGGCGUCCGUGCCUCCGCUGCCCUCAGCCGCCGCCGGAGCAGCAGCAGCAGCAGCAGCAGCUCAACGGAUUGAUCAGCCCCGAACUGCGACACCUCCGGGCGGCCGCCUCGCUCAAGAGCAAGGUCCUGGGUGCAGCCGAGGCGGCCGCCGGCGGCACGGGCUCCAAAGCGACUGCAACAAAAGGAGCCGGGGUGCCCUCGGGCGAGAGGCCCCCUCGCUCGCUCUCCAGGAAUGCGAGAACUGCGCUCCCCAGCCGGGCCGAGGCGGCGGCCCGCAACGGACUGGCCGAGGGCGCCGAGCCGGAGCCCGAGCCGGAGCCCGAGCCGGAGGAGGAAGACGAGCAGGUGCGGCUGCUGUCUUCGUCCCUGACCGCAGGCUGCAGCUUAAGAAGCCCCUCGGGCAGGGAGGCUGAGCCCGGGGAGGAUCGGACGAUACGAUACGUCCGAUACGAAUCCGAGCUGCAAAUGCCCGAUAUCAUGAGACUGAUCACCAAAGAUCUGUCCGAACCCUACUCCAUUUAUACCUAUAGAUAUUUUAUCCACAACUGGCCGCAGCUGUGCUUCUUGGCCAUGGUAGGGGAAGAGUGUGUAGGUGCCAUCGUUUGCAAGUUGGAUAUGCACAAAAAGAUGUUCCGCAGAGGUUAUAUAGCCAUGUUAGCUGUGGAUUCCAAAUACAGGAGGAAUGGCAUUGGUACUAACUUGGUUAAGAAAGCUAUUUAUGCCAUGGUUGAAGGAGACUGUGAUGAGGUUGUUUUGGAAACAGAAAUAACAAAUAAGUCUGCUUUGAAACUUUAUGAAAAUCUUGGUUUUGUUCGAGAUAAGAGGCUGUUCAGAUACUAUUUAAAUGGAGUUGAUGCACUGCGACUUAAACUGUGGCUGCGUUGAGAAACUGACAUCAAGGAGCAACUUCUAACCAUGCAGAGUCGACCUUUGCAUGCAAUGCAAUUUGUACAGAAUUGCUUUGCAGGUGGAUUUCGUAAUUUCCAUGCAGCUCUUCUCUGUCAGUGUCUCGUUGAGUGUCGCACAAUAUUUGUUGCACUUUGGCAUGGCGCAUUUGUUCUGAAUUAAAAGAGAUUGUUUUAAACUUCAGGAGUUCUUUUGGUACCGAGAAGAUGUGCCAGUUGAUAGCCAAGAUUUGUUUGUUCAUUUGCAAAGUCUGCUGACAAUGUUACUUGCAUAGUGAUCAUUUUAUUACAGAACCAGUAAGUGGAACAUGGUUUUUGUUCUUAAAAAAGCCAUUAUAGAUUGUAAAAGUCUCUAAGUAUAUUAACAUUUCACACAAAACCUACCAUAGUUUUCUGAAGGGGGUGAGAGAACAGCUUCAAUUUUAGGUUUUAUUAUUAUUUUUCAAUAUUAAAUUUCCCAGUCUUGAAUAUUGGUACCUCAUUGAUUAGUGAAUGAGAAAAUGUAGAAUGGGGUAUGUCUUAUGAGUAAAGUUAACAAUUAAGUUGCGUCUGCCAGUGCCUGUGUAGAUAAACAUGUUUGUCUUCAUCUUAGCUUUUGAAUGCAUGCUGUCCUUUUCUUUUCUUUCAGGCCUUUACAAGCAAACUUUUGUUUUUAUUUAAAUUCUAAAUUUGAUAAUAAAUUAUUUCAGAUUUUUAUAAUUUGGAUACUUUUUCCAGGUGAGUGACAGAGUGGUUUACUUUAGAAGUCCCUUCUUUCAUUACAGUAAGAAGUUGAAUCUAGUUGGAAAACCUUUGAGGAAUGGCUCCAAGGGGAUGACAAAAGUUGAUGGAGAUGGGAAUUACUGGGUUUUGGAUGCACUUUUUUUUCUUUUUGUUGAGAGUGAGGGAAUUUUUGGAGAACAAUAGAAAAUUAAUGUAAAUUGGUUUGAUCUUAUUUAAUCAAAAUUAUUGCUAAGCUGUGAAGAACAGCUUUUAUAAAGUAGCUGGACUUUUUUUUUUUUUUCCCACUUGAUUUGGAUUCACAUUGCUUCCAUUUCUUAAAAUGCUUCACUUUGGUUCUUGUUCUUGGGAAUAAAUUUCAGGAUGCAUUGUAUUAACUUUAAGCUGCUUUUAUUUUCCUUUCACUUACAUGAGCAGAUUCUUCAAGGAGCUUUGCUUUAUUGCUCCAGAAAAACAAAAGGAGAAAAUGCAAAUCUUUUUUUGGAAUGAGUUCUGUGGGUUUUCUUAGCAGCCACCAUGUUAUUAGUUACAUGUGUUGGCUAAUCAGUGCAGUGUAACAAGUUUUAAAAUCAGUUGUCUUCAGUUGGGUCAGUAAACCUGUGAUGGAUAACUUAUUUAACUGGAAAACCUAGGUACCCAUAAGAAAAAAGAUUCUUUGUGAAAAUGUCUUGUAGGAAUUUAUGUUAUUGUUUGCAUUUGAAUAUGCUUUACUUCUGCUUUAGGACUUGGUUUGAAUUUUAUUUUAUGGCUAUAAUUACUGUAUUUUUUUUUUAAACCCUACCUCCAUUAACAGUUGAUAUAAAGCCCCUUUUCAGGAAAGUUUGUUGCUUUUUUUUUUUUUUUUUUUUUUUUUUUAAGGAAAGCUGCUCUUUGCUCAGUAUAGUGUUUUGAAAAGGUGAACAUGGUCAAAUAAUUUUACAAAUAAAGAUACACAAUUUAUAUUUGAAAAUAAAAACUUCCUGCUGGUGGGAUCAUUUGUAGUUCCUUAUUUUAAAGAAAACUUUUUUUUUCCAUUUUAUGUUGUUCUUGAACGUUUAAUGGGCAGGAUAUUGAUUAUGAAAAAUAUGGCGACCACCCAGUGCUCAGCUUUUCAGCUAACCAUUUUGAGUUUGCUUCUGGUCAAACUUCAGUUGGUCUCUAGUGUUUAGAAUACCAAUCAUAGUGAUGCUUCUGUGGUUAUUUUUGAAAUGAAGGAAACUAAAACAAUAUACUUAGUCUUCAAAUUUUAUUCCACCCCUCUGUAUUUGGCUUGCUGGUUCAUAGGUAAUGAUUGUUAACGAACAUACAUUGGCUUGACUGACUAAUGGGGACGGUUGUCAAGCAGAUACAUGCCAGAUUAUCAGUUCAAUCAUUUUGGUCUUUUGUCAGGUUGUCAACUCCUGACCUUUUCCCCCAAGAAUUUCUGAAAUAACUGAACUGAUUGGGCAUUUGUUAACAUGACUUUAACUGACUAAAAAGUCAAAUGAUUACCAUAUAGUUCCACUGGUUUAUAUUGAGUUUCAGUGUAUACCUUACAUCUCUAAAAUUGGGUAUGUAAAAAUUGCUAAGUAGACUAAAAUUUUCAGCUUUAGCAUGAUAACUCAGCACCAGAAUGAAAAGUCUCCAAGUUGAGGCAGCAUCAAACAUUAUUUUUUGAUAUUAAGCAUUCAUUUGUAUUAUACAAGCUUAAAUACAAUUCAAAUAUACUUUGAUAGAGGGGGUUCACUUGGCAAGAACUGAGCAAAAUUGGUGCAACUUUCUUUUAAUGGGGUGCUGUCUCUUUUUAAGACUGACUGUACUAUCCACUGACACUGGUUUGGCAGUUGGUACUGCUGAACAUUUUAAUACAUGCUACCAUGAAGCUGUAUAUGCUAGUAUUGAAGAAGCUAACGGGUAUACUACCAUUUUUGAUGUGUGGGCUGAUUAUAAUUUCCCUUACAUUGGGAUGAAACUACUUUAGAGAAGUUCACAGAUCAGAAACCAGACAGUAGUUUUUGAAUUUGAAGCCAGUAAAAAAGAAAAAGUUACUGAUAAAAAUUGGUUGUAAUAAUUUGUUUCUUACCCAAAUUACCUUCCACACUUGUUCGACAAAUCUAUGUAAAGAGGUUUGUCACAUUUUAACUUACCUUGCCCCGUGUUAUGAUAUUGGCUGACAUAGAUAAGACUGGGUGUGUGUAUUUAUUGUGGUGUCUAAAAAUCAUGAGGUUCAUCACUUUCCCAGGAUCACAGAUUAAAUCGUAUGAGUAGUGCGUCAGAGUCGCUUCCAGUGCACCAUGACACCACUGAAAUGAGUGCUAUGAUGUCGCAGGGCCUCCAGGUUUGUAAAAACAUCACCAUAAGUUAUAUUGACGUCAGGUAUGAGUUGAGUAUAAAAUAUCACGUGUAUCUCAAAAUAUUGGACUGCUGUUUGAUGACUGGAUAUUGCUGCCUAAUUUGUCCCGUAUCUUUUUGGAGAGAGAGAUUUAAUGGGAUUUGAAAUGUGCAAGCUGUCUAAAUAAGAUGCAGUCAAAUAAAGUAUGGUUAAGUUGUGUUUGCAUUUUUCUUU